AUGUCUUUCCUUGAUCGUGGAACCAUAGCCCAAGUCAGAAAUGGAAGAAAACUAGUGGUGUGUAUCGAUGGUACAUCUAACCAAUUCGGACAAAAGAACACAAAUGUCAUUGAGAUAUACAGCCAAGUUUGCAAAGACCCAAAAGACAACCAGCUAACUUACUACAAUAGUGGGAUCGGUACAUUUGCAGAGCCUUCUUGGAAAUCACUUCGAUACUUGGGUCAGGUCCUGGACCACAAAAUUGAUCUUGCAAUUGCUUGGAACUUCGAGCAGAUCGUCAUGAAUGCAUACCGCUGGCUCGUAGCCGAUUAUGAACCAGGUGAUGUCAUUUAUCUAUUUGGUUUCUCUCGAGGCGCGUAUCAAGUUCGUGUUCUUGCAGGCAUGAUUGAGAAGGUUGGCUUGAUCCAUAAGGGAAAUGAAGAACAAAUUCCAUUUGCUUAUGAGCUAUAUGCAAAUCCUAAAAGUCGCUUCAGGAGAACAUUCUCGAGAAAAAAUGUGAAGGUUCAUUUUGUUGGCGUGUGGGACACCGUCUCAUCUAUUGGUAUUGUCAGAGAGAAAAAUCUGCCAUUUACGAUUACACUAGACCACAUUUGCUAUUUCCGCCACGCCCUGGCUUUGGAUGAACGCCGAGUGAAAUUUUUACCGGAAUAUGCACGAGGAGGUGUCAUGGAAAACGAUGUGAAACUCGCCCCAAAAGUCAAGGAAGUCUGGUUUAGUGGGACACACUCAGACAUGUGA